AUGCAGGUUAUUGUGCAACUACUCCGUAGCGUAAACUCGUGGCGAAAAUCGAAUCGCAACCGUUCGCCCAAACGUGACCCUCCCCUCGCCCUCGCUUUCCUUUCCCACGCUUCCGCUCUCUUUAGCCCGCGUCGUCGCCAUCGCUUCCGCAGCUCGUCGCGUGCCCGUCGCCUUCGCUCCGCCCGUCGCCUUCACUUCUCCCCCGUCGCCUUCACUCCCCCCCCUCUUCCGUUGCCUUCAUUUCCCCCUCCCGUCGCCUUCACUUCCCCCUCCCGUCGCCUUCACUUCCCCCUCCCGUCGCCUUCAAUUCCCCCUCCCGUCGCCUUCAUUUCCCCGUCGCCUUCAUUUCCCCCUCCCGUCGCCCUCAUUUCCCCCUCCCGUCGCCUUCACUUCCCCCUCCCGUCACACUCGCUUCCCCACCCGUCACCUUCACUUCCCCUCCCAUUGCCUUUCACUCUCUCCUGCUCAAUCUCUUUCCCCCUGCUCACUCUCUUCCCCCCUGCUCACUCUCUUCCCCCCUGCUCACUCUCUUUCCCCCUGCUCACUCUCUUCCCCCCUGCUCACUCUCUUCCCCCCUGCUCACUCGCUUCCCCCCUCCUCAAUCUCUUCCCCCCUGCUCACUCUCUUCCCCCCUGCUCACUCUCUUCCCCCCUGCUCACUCUCUUCCCCCCUGCUCACUCUCUUCCCCCGUGCUCACUCGCUUCCCCCCUCCUCAAUCUCUUUCCCCCUGCUCACUCGCUUCCCCCCUCCUCAUUCUCUUUCCCUCUGCUCACUCCCCUUGUUCUAACCCCACUUUCCCCAUUUCUCACCCAUUUUCCCCCUUCACGCUCUCUUACCCCCUCUGCUCGCCCCUGUUUUCCCAACUCACGCCUAUACUCACUCUCUCCCCCCCUGCUCACUCUCUUCCCCCCCUGCUCACUCUCUUUCCCCUUACUCACUCUCUUUCCCCCCUUCUCACUCUCUUUCCCCCUUCACGCUCUCUUUCCCUCCCUUCCGCCCGUUGCCCCCCUUCGUCUCGCGCUCGUCCCCUCGCAAUCCCCGUCUCUCUCUCCCCCCGUCGCCCUCGUUUUCCCCGUCGCCCUCCCUUCCACUCCUCGUUGCCCUCGCCAUCCCUCCCUUCUCCCUUCCCAUCUCGCACACUUGUCACGCCCCCUUUCCAACCCGCACAUACACCCUUCCCUUCUUCCCUGUUUCCUCGUAUCCCCUGCGCUGCUUCCCCCCAUCCUCCGACUUGCUCCCCCCAUCCCCUUCCCUGCUUCCCCCCAACCCCUUCCCUGCUCCCCCCCAUCCCCUUACCUGCUUUCCCCCUUCCCCUUCCCUGCUUCCCCCCGUCCCCUUCCCUCCUUCCCCCGUCCCCCUCCCAGCAUCCCCCCAUCCGCUUCCCUGCUCACCCCCAUCCCCUUCCCUGCUCCCCCCCAUCCCCUUCCCUGCUUCCCCCUAUCUCCUUCCCUGCUUCCCCCUAUCGCAUUCCCUGCUCACCCCUGCUCCCUCUGUUUCACCCUUGCUCCCUCUGUUUCACCCUUGCUCCCUCCCCUUCUUCUCUGCUCACUCUCUUCCCCCUUGCUCACUCUCUUUACUUCUGCUCACUCUGUUCCCCCCUGCUUCCUCUCUUCCCCUCUGUUCAAUCUGUCCCCCGCUGCUUCUUCUCUUCCCCUCUGCUCAUUCCGUUUACUGUCUUUCCCCCUUCACUCACCCCCAUACCCCCCAAUGCAGUUACAGAUACGGUAA